AUUCAAAAACAAUCAGUCAAUUAUAAACCAAAUUAAACACAAUGAUCGCAACCACAUCCAGAAAAAUUGCACCGCUUUCAAAUAUCUUCAGAACUUUGUCCAACAAAACUCGAAAUGUCUCAAAUGAUAUCCCAUCGUUCCGGCAAAACUUCAAACCACGCACCGAACAACAGUUGAAUUUCCAAAUUGGCCAAGAAUUGAUGGCGAGUCACGCAUACCUCGCUAUGGCUAAUUUUUUCGGUCGAACUGAGAUUGCGUUACAAGGAUCAUCGUCCUUUUUCCGUGCCAUGUCUGACGAGGAACGCGAACAUGCAAUGUCACUUAUCGAUUACCAAAAUAUGCGUGGCGGUAAGGUGAAAAUGAUUGGUGUAGAGAAGCCGAACGAGCAGUUUAAAGAUGAGUUUAGCAGCCUAUCGGCAGCAAUCGAGGAAUCGUUGUUGAUUGAAAGAGGGAAUGCAGCGACAUUGAGCGAAUUGGUGCGUAUUGCGGAAAGCGACGGUGAUAUCGCUACUGUGGAUUUUAUUUGUACCAAAUUUUUACAUGAGCAGAUGAGCGCUCUGCAAAAUCUCGGUAAUAUCUUGAUGCGACUGAAACGAUUCGAACAAAAAGGACUGGGAGAAUAUUUGAUUGAUCAGGAAUUCUUAAAAGAUUAUCAAAAAAAAGGUUGAAUUGACAAAAAAUUGAAACCCACUCCGUGUCUCUUGUAAAUUUCCACAAUUUUA